CCAGACUGGUUUCUGUUGACGUCUUUAAAACUCCUCCUCUUCAUUCACAGAGAAGAGCAACUGGUCUGAAAUGUUUAGCAUGGCCGCUGUUCUCAGGAGUGCCGAUGUUCAACUAAUACUUAGAUCUUAGUGUAAAUACAUUAAGCUGGCAGAUAUAUAGUCAACAGUAGUCUAGUACAAUUUAAAGCAGCUCUGACAGCUCCUCCAGAAUUUCCCCAUGAGUCGAGUCUGGAUCUACCUGUUCCCUGCGCUAUGUGCGCUUGUCUUGCCAGGUGUACAUCAGGUGAAGGGAAUUGAGGUGCUUACGUCCCCAGAGUUGGAGGCAGUCAAUGGGACAGAUGUACGGCUCAAAUGUACAUUUAAAUCUACCCAUCCGCUCUCUGAAAACAGUGUCUCUGUAUCCUGGACCUUCCGAGGACUUGGAAAGACUGGAGAAGAAUCGUUUUUUCAUUACAAAGGACAGGCAUAUCCCCCGGAAUUUGGCACAUUUAAGGAUCAUGCUGUAUGGUCGGGUAAUGUAAUGAAGGGUGAUGCAUCCAUCACGCUGAAGAAUGUGCAGUUCAACUUUAAUGGUACCUACAUCUGCCAAGUCCAAAAUCCGCCUGACUUCCAGGGCUUUGCAGGCGAGAUCAGCCUCAGAGUCGUUCAAAAAGUUUCAUUCUCUGAAAUUGGAAUACUGGCGAUAGCUGUGGGUGGAUGCAUUGGUGUCAUUCUCCUGAUCCUCAUCAUUUAUAUUGUUGUACGGGUUUUCCGGAGACGGGGCAAUGACACGGAGAUUGAGAUGGAGAACCACGGAUCCAAGGAUCAGGUGCUGUGAGAGAGGAUGCCUGACUCAGGGUUUUAGCGAGUCUGUGCUGUUAGUUUUCUGUCUGGACUAACCCAUUUCCAAUACUAGUGACACAUAAGACAUUUUUACACAGGAUUUUCUAAUUAUAUGAUAUAACAGAGUAUCUAAAUGGCACAUAGAAGCUUACUUUUUUCUACUAAUAAUUUUACAGAGAUAUGUUUUUAGUUAUCAUUAAAAAGAAUGUCUUAUUUUACUUUUUAUGUAUGAAAGCUUAAGGUGAGGUACCUUUUUAUACAUAAAAUAAGAUAAUCUAUCAUUUAUAUUCUUAAGAAGAUAUGAGAAGUUUUUGUGUAUAUAUAUUCUGACUUUAUCGACUGUUGCUGCCAAUAAGAAUGAUUGAGAAAUGUUGUCAUUUUGUAUUCUGAGUUUGUCUGUUGCACUGCCUUAUGGCAGUUUGUACAGUCAUGAAUAUGGUCUGCAUCUGUGUUUAGGUGUGUUUCUGUACGUACAUUAAAUGUGGUUCACAAACGUGCAAAAAAAAAAAAAAAACUAUCCUUUUAAAAUAGCAAUAUGAUUUCUAAAUUCAGUAAGAACUUUUCUAAAUAUGUAUAGAAUGAAUGGAUGAAAUAGAAACUGCAUGAAAAAAAAUGAACAAAUUUAAUAUUUGGACCUUUAUUGUUCUUUGUACUGCCUAUCUUACUGUAUAAACCUCAAAUCUUCAGUGUUCUGGGAUUCUUUGUUCAUCAGUGCUGCGAUUAGGAUUUUGCUCUUUAGAAAAUAUUUCAAGUGAAUAAAUGUAUCCUUUAAACCUACUUUGAAAUGAAAUACUGUAAAUCUCUCUUCAUUUCAAAUUAGUUUUGAUCUUUUUACAAGUUGUCCCCUUAGAAUUAUAAGGUUCUAGCUUCAUUCUGAGAUAUUAAGCUUCAAAUGUUUUUGUAUUCCAUUCGACUGUGUAGAGAACCUUUUUUUUUUUUUAAAUAAAAGGUCCCAAAAUGUUCACAACAUUACAAAAUCUGUCACAUAAUGUAAAUAGUUUGUCACAGAAUAUGAAUAAUUAAACUGAAAAAAAUGUCAAAUAAGAACCUUAUAAUUCCAAGGGGUUUUGUACAUUUUACAAUUUUUGUGUGUGUGUGUGUGUGAAUGUUAUGUUCUCUUUGAAAUAUUGAUAUGAAGCUUGUUCCAAAAUCAAUAAAAAUACAACUUUUAGUUUUUUUCUAA